AGCUACCUUGCGAAUGUUAUCAGCAGCGUAUGUUCAUUCUGGGUCACAAUCGCACGCAUACAAACAGACGCACGCACAUAGACACACACACACACACACACACACUGGCCAUCGGGACAGACACAUUGGGCUGUGGAGCUACCCAUGACUCAAUCUGUUUUUCCUGAAGAUGUUUCUGUGGAAGAAAAAAAAAAAAGAAAGAAAUCCCUCCGUCCCUCCCACCAGACUCAAAUACCACAGCUGUGUUGACUGCUUCUUAUUGGGCGGCCCAGGCUGCUGAGCACAUGGCCAGCCACAGGACCAGGUCUAGAGACUAGCACACGCUGUGUCAGGGUGCAGAGGGACGUGUGGAUAGGUUUGCAGCAAACUUACUCUUUUUACUUCUGUAGUAGGUACUUCUCUAAAUGAGACGGAUGAUUAUGCUGAGAUCAUAGAUGAGGAGGACACCUACACCAUGCCCUCCAGCCUCACAGGGUACUAUGGACUAGAGGAAGCCCGGGACUAUGAGAUUCAGAGGGACCGUAUCGAGCUGGGACGCUGCAUCGGAGAGGGCCAGUUUGGAGAUGUUCACCAGGGAGUUUACAUGAGCCCGGAGAACCCGGCUCUGUCCGUGGCCGUCAAGACAUGCAAGAACUCCACCUCCGACAGCGUCCGAGAGAAGUUCCUCCAGGAGGCCCUGACAAUGCGUCAGUUUGACCAUCCCCACAUUGUGAAGCUCAUUGGCGUGAUAACAGAAAACCCUGUGUGGAUCAUCAUGGAGCUGUGCACCGUGGGAGAGCUGAGGUCCUUCCUGCAGGUGAGGAAGUACAACCUGGACCUGGCCUCCCUCAUCCUGUACGCCAACCAGCUGAGCACGGCCCUCGCAUACCUGGAGAGCAAGCGCUUCGUACACAGAGACAUAGCAGCCAGGAAUGUGCUGGUGUCCUCUGUAGACUGUGUGAAGCUGGGAGACUUCGGCCUGUCCAGAUACAUGGAGGACAGCUCCUACUACAAAGCUUCCAAAGGGAAAUUACCAAUCAAGUGGAUGGCUCCAGAGUCAAUCAACUUCAGACGCUUCACCUCAGCCAGCGACGUCUGGAUGUUCGGGGUGUGCAUGUGGGAGAUCCUCAUGUACGGCAUCAAGCCCUUCCAGGGCGUGAAGAACAACGACGUGAUUGGUCGGAUCGAGAACGGCGAGCGUCUGGCCAUGCCCCACCAGUGCCCGCCCACCCUCUACAGCCUCAUGACCAAGUGCUGGUCCUACGACCCCAGCAAGAGACCCCGCUUCACCGAGCUCAAGGUUCAGCUCAGUACAAUCCUUGAGGAGGAGAAGGUCCAGCAGAAGGAGAGGGCCAGGAUGGAGAUGAGGAGGCAGGUGACCGUGUCCUGGGACUCUGGGGGUUCCGACGAGGCUCCGCCCAAACCAAGCAGACCGGGCUACCCCAGCCCCCGCUCCAGCGAGGGCUUCUACCCCAGCCCCCAGCACAUGGGGCAGGGCCAACACAACCACUACCAGAUGGCGGGGUACCCGGGCCCCCACGGCCUGCCCUCCAUGUACCCCCCCCAGGCCUCCCACCUGGACCCCCACCACCCCCGCCACCAGGACAUGACCCACUGGGGGCCCGGCAUGGAGGACAUGCAGGGCCUGGGCCAGAGCCUGCCUCCUCUCCUGAUGGAGGAGCAGCUGAUGAUGCAGCAGCAGCAGAUGGAGGAGGACCAGAGGUGGCUGGAACAGGAGGAACGCUUCCUGAAGCCAGAGUCGAGGAACUCCCGAGGGAGUCUGGAGAGAGAAGACUGCGCCCUCCAGGGAACAACAGGAAACCAACACAUCUACCAGCCUGUUGGCAAACCAGCAGAACAUGCAGCCCCCCCUAAGAAGCCCCCCCGGCCAGGAGCCCCCAGCCACCUGGGCAGUCUGGCCUGCCUCAACCCUGUGGACAGCUACAACGAAGGGGUCAAGCUCCAGCCUCAGGAGAUCAGCCCGCCCCCUACAGCCAACCUGGAUCGCUCCAAUGACAAAGUCUACGAGAAUGUGACGGGAUUGGUCAAGGCGGUUAUCGAGAUGUCCAGUAAGAUUCAGCCGGCCCCUCCAGAGGAGUAUGUUCCCAUGGUGAAGGAUGUAGGUCUGGCUCUUAGGACGUUACUUGCUACCGUUGACGAGACAAUCCCCCAGCUUCCCGCCAGCACUCACAGAGAGAUCGAGAUGGCCCAGAAGUUGUUGAACUCCGACCUGGCGGAGCUGAUCAGCAAGAUGAAGCUGGCCCAGCAGUACGUGAUGACGUCGCUGCAGCAGGACUACAAGAAGCAGAUGCUGACGGCCGCCCACGCGCUCGCCGUCGACGCCAAGAACCUGCUGGACGUCAUUGACCAGGCGCGCCUCAAGAUGAUGGGCCGGGGGCCCGCCCCCUCCACGCACUAGCUCGG